AUGGCCAAGCGAUGCUCUGUCUGCGACCAAUGGAUUAAAACAGGUGGUGGGGCCCACACCUGCCCGGGUGCACCUCCCAAACCUCCCUCCAAUCCCAAGUCCAAGAUGGACGAUGAGCUUCUCGCUGUCUCGAACGGUCUUGAAUCUAAAGGCACCUUGCUUGAUUGUGCUGGUUUGGUCUAA